AUGCUGUCCUACGCGUUGCUGGCGUUCAUUGGCCUGAUCAUUGCAUACGGAGUCAAUACGUACCGCUGCUUCAGAAUCAACCUCGCAGCUGCAAAGCAAUCCGGCAUACCAUACUUCUGUACGCCUGUGUACACGUUCAAUCGAGCGUGGCUGGUCACACAUCGACUGUGGCUGCCGUUCAUCAAGGCGCUGCCUGCAGCAUAUACAACCACAUGGAUCGAUUACUUGACUCCGGACUUCAUCUGGGAUAAGCUGUAUGAUACGUUCCGUGAUCUCAACAGCGAUGUUUUCCUCAUCGUUGCACCCGGCGCCAACACACUCUAUGUUGCCGACCCCGAGGCAAUUAGUCAAAUCACCACCCGCCGCAACGACUUUCCGAAGCCCAUAUGGAUGUACUCAUCCGUCGACCUCUAUGGCAAAAACGUAGUAUCUACGGAAGGCGCGAACUGGCGCCACCACAGAAAGAUCACAAGCCCGCCGUUCACGGAGAAGAACAACCAUCUGGUCUGGGUGGAGUCUCUUCAUCAAGCCAAGAGCAUGAUGGCUGGCUGGGUUUCACCGCAAAUUACUUCCAGCGGCCCAAUCUGGGACAUUGCUGGACAGGCAAUGCGUCUUAGUCUCCACGUUAUCAGUAAAGCCGGGUUUGGCGUGCGACUUCCAUGGCCCCAUGAGGAAGCUGAGGCCGAGAUACCAAAGGGUCACACUCUAUCAUUCAAGGAUGCGUUGAGCUUGCUGCUCGAGAACAUUAUCGUUGUCAUGCUCACUCCUCGAUGGCUAUUGUCCAAUUCGCCACUGCAGAUUCACAAGACUGCCAACGAGGCGUUCAAAGAGUGGGGCCAGUAUAUGCGAGAUCUCUACGAUGAGAAGCGCAACGAGGUCUCGACAGGCGCCGACUCGCGCGAAGGUCUAGAUCUGAUGGGAGCACUAGUGAAGGGUGCAGGUAUUACAUCGAAUGGGAAAUCUGAUUCUGGGAAGCCUGGAAAGCAACUCUUCACGGACGAAGAGAUCUUCGGUAAUGCCUUCGUCUUUACUCUUGCUGGGCAUGAGACUGCUGCCAACACCAUCCACUUCUCUCUACUGUACUUGGCAAUGCAUCCUGAGUCUCAACGUCGACUUCAGAAAGAUCUCGAUGAUAUUCUUGGCGAUCGUCCGGCGACCAAGUGGGACUAUGAUGAAGAUGUGCCGAAAUUGUUCGGUAGCAUGUGCGGAGCUGUCAUGAACGAGCAGCUGCGACUUAUACCACCAGUCAUUGGCAUUCCCAAGAGCACACCUAAGGGUCAACCGCAGGGCUUACAGGUCGGAGGACGCCAUGUGACAGUGCCCGGUAGCUGCUACAUAACGAUUAACACCGCUGCUCUGCAUCGCAAUCCAAAGUACUGGCCACAUACCUCUGAAGAGGAUCUGCUUGAUUUCAGACCAGAGCGCUGGCUCGUAGAGAUGGACGGGAACCAUGAGAAACAUGAAGAGCAGGCUUAUGCUGCAGAAGAAGGUCUGGAUUUCGAUGGGCCUGACAAGCGUCCCGACACUGCAGCAUCCCUGUUCCGGCCUGCGAAGGGUGCGUACGUGCCUUUCAGUGACGGCUACAGGUCUUGUCUCGGACGACGUUUCGCACAAGUCGAGAUCCUGGCUGUCAUCGCCGUGAUCUUCAAGACGUGGUCGGUAGAGCUGGACACCAGCAUGUACUUGCCGGAGAGUGAGUUUGCAACCGCCACCGCCGAGAAGAAGCGCGAGGCGUGGGAUAAGGCUGAUGCACGAGCGAGGGAUUUGCUGAUGCAUGGCAUGAUGACCAUUAUCACGAUCCAGAUGAGGAAGGAUAAGGUGCCCAUGAGGUUCGUCAAGCGUGGUCACGAGCGAUUCAAUUACGCUAAAUAG